AACGAACGAAUGCUGCACGCGUGACGGAAUUUCUCUUCUACAUCAAUCGCUCAUCUGUGGACAGAUUCUUUACAGCAAUGAAAGGAGGUCGGUUCCUUCUCCCUGCACUCUUCAAAACGCUCCUUCUGCCUCCUCUUAUCGCCGCCUUGUUCAUUCAUCAUUUUCCCUCGCUAUUCCUGCCCUUUUCGGCACUUAUCUACCUCAUAUCAUUUCCUGCCUUGUAUGUCUUUCGUUCCUACGCAUCUCUGGUUGCCUCUUCUUGGAAGGCAUCAGCACUUGGAGCUAUAGAUAUUCCUCGGGUCAAUGGUACAUGGCCACUGAACAUUGAUAUUCUUUUAAAUUGGGCCAAAAGCGGCACUGAAGAAGAAGUUGGCAGAAUGAUGGUGCUGAUGGGAAGGCAAUACGGCGGGACAUAUAAUACCAGGGUUCUGGGUGAAGACCAGAUCAUUUCUUCUGAUCCCAAAGUCAUAAAGCAUGUCCUAAUUGACGACUUUGACAACUUUGUGAAAGGCCAAAAAUUCAAAGAAAGGGCACAAGACUUUCUCGGGGAUGGUAUCUUCAACUCGGAUGGCGAUAAUUGGAAAUUUCAUCGUUCAUUCAUGCGUCCAUUUUUCCAGCCAAAGUAUAUUUCACCACUUCAUUUCUCAACCAAUGUACAAAAUUUCUUCGCUAAACUACCAUCAUACGGAAAAGCGUUUGACAUGCAAGCCCGCAUUGGGCAGCUAGCACUCGAAUUGGCCAUAAUGUGGUUAUGCGGCGAGGACAUGUCUGGGGACGCCAGCAAUGUCGCGCGGACGGAAGAGUGGAAAAAGGCAAAGGGGGAGAUUAGUUGGGCCAUGACGGAGGCUCAAAAGAUUGUAGGGAAAAGGGUCAAAAUUGGGACAAUCUGGCCGCUUUUCGAAGUCAGACAUGAUCCAUUGGAAAGACCGAUGAAGGUUAUUCGUGCAUUUUUCCGUCCUAUCAUCUCUCGAGCUCUAAACCGGAAGAGGCAAAGAUGUAAACUGGACAACACAGAAGAUGUUUACAUGAUAGAUCGACUAGUUGAGGCCACCGACGACAUAAAAUUGGUCGAGGAUCAACUGAUUAAUGUCCUCCUGGCUUCGCGAGAUACUCUUGCUUCACUGCUCACAUUUUCUGUCUAUGCGAUUGUGCUCCAUCCUGAUUUCGCAGCUAGGCUUAAAGACGAAGUCUUUACAAUAGCUAAUCAAGAAUGUGAGGUUACCAAGGACACUAUCCGCCAAUUGAGGUAUUGUCGAGCGUUUAUCAACGAAGUACUCCGUCUUUUCCCCCCUGUUCCUCUCAACAUUCGUCGCACUCUCCGUCCUUCAUUGCUACCCACACCCAAUCACUUAGCUUACAUGCCGGCAAACACUUCUAUCAUACUCGCCACCAUAUUGAUGCAACGUGAUCCAGCGGUAUGGGGAGAGGAUGCUCAGGUGUUUAACCCCGACAGAUGGCUGGAAGGAGGGGGGCUAGGGAAAGAGAAAGAAGGUUUCAUGAGUUGGAACCUUGGGCCUAGGAUGUGUCUCGGCCAGUCAUUUGCGUUGGCUAUAACGCACACUUUUCUGGUAUAUUUCUUCCGACAUAUUGCUCACGUAGGUACUUUGGUCGGCCACAAUACCACUGUUCAGCUGGCUCUUGAUGCUCAACCGCCGGAGACUGUUCUUCCAAAAGAGUGGAUGACGCCCGAAGGUGGUGACGGGCGCGCUAGGGGAGGACGAGAUAAGGUGUGGAUAGUUGCCGACGUCGUCUUGGCCAUAAAGGGUGGCCUUUGGAUUCGAUUCGGUGCAGAGGAAACGGAAUAAACAUCAUGAAGUAGAUUUCUACCCCAUCAAAUAUUAGCACGCAUGGCCAUGUUUAUACCUAU